AUGAAGGAUCCAAUUGUUUCGUGUCGUGAGUAUUAUUGCUACAAGUUACAAAUCAGAGAAAAUUUCAGAUCAAUUUUGUUGCUGUCUGGUCGUCUAUUGCAACAAUUCGUUGUUGAUAUGUAUGUUAAGAUCGAGACGUCAAGAUUAGACUAUUUCCGUAGCAAACAACAACAUAUUCGAUCUGAGUUAUAUCAAGGUAUUGUUGAUACCAUUACACUAGGGGAAACUAACGCUUCUAAUGUUGGAAAACAGAUUAUUCUGCCUUCGUCAUUUAUUGGGGGUCCAAGAGACAUGCGAAAAAGAUAUAUGGAAGCAAUGGCUUUAGUUCAGCGUUAUGGUAAACCAGACAUUUUUUUAACAAUGACAUGCAAUCCAAAUUGGCAAGAAAUUUCAAAUGAAUUACGCCUACAUGAGGAGAGUCAAAAUCGGCCUGAUUUAGUUGCUCGGGUCUUUCGUGCAAAAUUAGAAGAAUUAAAGGAUCGAUUAUUCAAGCAACAGAUAUUUGGAAAAGUUUCAGCAUAUGUUUAUGUUAUUGAGCACCAAAAAAUAGGCCUUCCACAUGCUCAUUUUCUAAUUAUAUUACAAAGAGAUUGGAAACUCUAUGCGCCUGAAUCUUUUGAUGAGAUUGUAUCGGCAGAGAUACCUGAUAAAAAUACGAAUUUGCACUUGCAUAACGCUGUUGUCAAGCAUAUGAUGCAUGGACCAUGUGGAGUGUUGAAUCCAACAAAUGUUUGCAUGAAAAAAAAUGGUUAUUGCAAAAGCCAUUAUCCAAAAAAUUUUGCAUCAAGUACGACUGUUGGAAAUGAUUGCUUCCCAAUAUAUAGGCGUUCUGACAAUAGAAUAACUGUCAAAGUGAGAGGUCAUAAUUUGGAUAACCGUUGGGUCGUUCCAUAUAAUCCGUAUUUGCUUGCAACAUUUGACUGUCACAUUAACAUCGAGAUUUGUUCUACUAUAACAGCAGUCAAAUAUCUUUAUAAGUACAUUUACAAAGGGCAUGAUCGUAUUGCUUUCAAUUUGGUUUCUGAACAAAAUAAUCAACAAAUUGAUGAAAUCCAACAAUUCCAAUCAGCCCGAUGGAUUGCUCCGCCUGAAGCUAUGUGGAGAAUAUAUGGCUUUGUUGUUAAUGAAAUGUACCCAGCAGUGUAUAGCUUACAUUUACAUCUUGAGGAUCAACACCAAGUAACUUUUCGAGCAAAUGAAGACUUAAUCAAUGUUCUCAACUCUGAUCGGUCUGCAAAAUCGAUGUUAACAGAAUUCUUUGCAUUAAAUCGAGUGGAUGAGAAUGCCAGGACAUUGUUGUACAAAGAAUUUCCAGAAUUCUAUGUUUGGAGCCAACAAUACAAAGAGUGGACUUGUCGAAAAAAGAAAACUGUUAUAGGUCGAAUUAUUACAGCAAAUCCAUUUGAAGGUGAGAGGUAUUAUCUGCGGAUAUUGCUAAAUCAUGUAAGAGGACAUUUGUCAUUUGAAGAUCUUAGGACAGUUGAUGGUGUUGUGGCUCCAACUUUUCGUGAGGCAGCAACUAUGCAUGGUUUGCUACAGAGAGACAGUGGUUUAGAAGAUUGUUUACAUGAAGCAUCUCUAUAUCAAAUGCCGUCCAGUUUGAGGCGGCUAUUUGCAACUAUAUUGGUUUAUUGUAAUCCAACCAAUCCGAGAGAGCUUUGGGAACGUUUUGAGCAAGAUAUGUCAAUUGAUUUUAGGUCAACUGAAGAUUCUAUGUUGACUGUAAGAAUGCAAGUUUUGCGCUCAAUCUCUUUUACACUUGAAUCAAUGGGGAAACACAUUAAUUCAUUUCAUCUUCUUGAUGACGACAUUUGUUUUGAUGAAGACCAAUUCGAAUCUAGGGAAAUCGAUGAUGAAUUGGCUGUUGAAAUUCCAGAAGAAGAUACUGCUGCAUCAGAAAUCCUUAAUAGUGAACAGCGACAUGUCUAUAAUUCAAUUUUGGAAAAUGUUUUUUCAAACAAAACUGCUACAUUCUUUGUUGAUGGCCCUGGUGGGACAGGGAAGACAUUCCUGUACAAGGCACUUCUCGCUGCAGUAAGAUCAAGAAAAUUAGUGGCACUUGCAACUGCUUCAUCUGGUGUUGCUGCAUCUAUCCUUCCUGGAGGUCGAACAGCACACUCGCGCUUUAAGAUUCCAUUAGAUACUGAUGAACAUAGCAUGUGUUGUGUCAGUAAACAAAGUGCCAUUGCAAAGCUACUACGUGUAGCAAGGUUAAUUAUAUGGGAUGAGGCCCCUAUGUCAAGAAAACAACACAUCGAAGCUUUAGAUAAAAUGUUACGAGACAUUAAUGAUUCAGAGUUAACAUUCGGUGGAAAAGUUAUCGUUUUUGGUGGAGAUUUUCGCCAGGUUUUACCUGUGGUUCGUAAAGGAACAAGACAAGAACAUGUUGACGCCAGUUUGGUUUCAUCUUAUUUGUGGCCUACAUUGAUCAAACUUCGUUUAACUGAAAAUAUGAGAGCAAGAUUGGAUCCAGUUUUUUCAGAAUAUGUGUUAGAAUUAGGCAACGGAAUGCCACCAAUCACAAUUGACGAAACUGUAAAAAUUCCUAAUGGCAUGCUUGUUCCCUAUGAAGAUGACUGUACUUCUUUGGAUCAUUUAAUAGAUGUUGUUUUCCAAGAUAUUCAUGAAUAUUCAAUAAAUAUUUCAGCUAUGAUGAAUCGGGCCAUAUUAACACCAAAGAACAGUUAUGUUGAUGAAAUAAAUACAUUACUGAUUCAUAGGUUUCCUGGUGAGCUUAGGCGAUAUUAUAGCUUUGAUGAAGCAAUAGAUGCAUCUGAACAAUCAGUUAUGGAGGAUUUUUUAAAUACUCUAACCCCAAAUGGACUUCCUCCUCAUGAAUUGUUACUAAAGAUAAACUGUCCCAUCAUGUUGCUUAGAAACAUUAACCCUUCAGAAGGACUAUGCAACGGAACACGUCUAAUUUGUCGGGCUUUUGAUUGA